UUAGCUCAUUGCCGUCCAGUUGAGUUUGACACUUUGAGCACAAACGGUGGGUCCUCCCAGAAUCGUCAAUCGCCCUGUGAAUCUCGAUGCUACUACCGGUGUUUUGGAUCGUGUCGUCAAAUCUUCCCCUCCCUUGACGAACUUCGUUCUCAUAUGAAAACAUGCGUCUACGCUUUGGCUACUCUUAAACGAACCAUUGGGGACCUUCUCUUUAAUUCCAAUAUCCCAGUUGAACCGACUCAAGGGCAGGGCUCAGAUAUUGCAAAUAAUGGGAAGAAUCCACAUUGCUUGUGCCUUUUUUGUGAUAUUAGCACAAAUUAUAACGUUUCACUUGGUAAGAAAGACGACUCAGCGACACUUUCGUCCACUGGUUUCCCUAAUUUAAUUCCGACAUCACCCAGCACCUUCCAACCAGCGGAGCCGUUUGAAGAUUUGAAGAAUCUUCAUGACCAUGAGUACACAACGCACGUGGCAGGCAGUUCUUUGAUUAGUGGUGGAAAUCAAGCUGGCUGUCCCUUUUGCAGGGAGAAAUUGACCUUGAAAACAUCUGACUCGGGGAAUGGAAGUGCUUUCGAACUCUUGAAUCAUCUACGAAAGCAUGCUAUGGCAAAUCCGUUUGAAUUCUGUGUGACCAAGUGGUCUUUUUUUGCCUCCAAUUCAGAGGUUGUUAUGUGCCACUGUCACACGGGAUUGUUGGACUCGCCCUUAGCUCUGAUGGCGCACGCUGCUGCCUUGCCUACUUCAGCAAAUGUGUUUAGAGGUUCUUCACGAAUUCACAAAUUCGGUGACGUAGCUCUCUUGCCCUUUCCUAGCCUCUUCUCGUCUCAUCUCAAAAAUAAUUCCACCAGACCAGUCACCGCCCCAAUUCCCAUGGAGGUUCAGUUGGCUUCAACGCCCACACCAACUCAGACAGCGAUUAACGCGAAUGAAGCCACUACGACAAAUGGUGGUGCCAUUGAAACCCGCGAAAGAAAUGUAGCUGGAGUUGCGACAGUGAAAUUUUUAUACCAACCCGGUGGGCAUCCUCCUCUUUCCAAAGAGGUCUAUGAACAUUUAAGAUUCGGUCAUUACUUCGAGCUUGACGAUCGUUUAAGAACUUUCAAUGUCUCCCUGGAUUCAAACGAUGCUCCCUCAUCUGCAGCUAACAAGGUCUUUAUUUGCCCUAUUUGCCAAUAUCACGGGGCUUCCCGCUGGGCCCUCACAGAGCAUGCAUUUUUCUUUCAUUGGCUGCGACUUUGUUACAUUUGCUGCGACUACAUUUACGAUGAUUCAGCUUGUGAUCACAGCUCCAAUGAGAAGAGUAUUUGGAGUCAUAUCUACACCUGCCUUAACCAUCGACACGCCGCCAUUCUUUCCUUCAAGUCUGGCCUAGACGAAUCUUUUGAGAAUAUGGGUGUUCAAAUGCACCAACCAGGAAAGAAGCGGCGACACACUGCUCAGGAAACUGAAGAGUUUGCUACAGAAUCUUCUGAGAUAUUUAUUCCACCUUCUAUUCUUCAUCCAUCUUCGCAUACAAUUGAAGACAGAUCUGGUGAUCUCGAUGAAAGCCAAUUUAGAGAUCCGUCUUCGUGCGCUGUCAAGAAAAACGCCAAUUGGUGUACCCGUCUGCUAAGGUUUCGUGCCUCUGUCUACGGAACUCUCACAUUUCUCUUGUUGAAAAGUGUCAAGAUCCAUCUAAAUAGUUUGGCUAAUGCUUUCCCAAUGCAACCCACGGACGUUGCAGAAGACGAUGUGCCUCUUGCGAUACGGGCCCAAACCGAUGGCCUCAGUGAUAACGCUGUCUCUUCGAGGAACCCCCGAUGA